AUGCCGGUAGCCUACAAUGAUAUCGGUGUCCAAUACUUCGAGCUCAUAGACUUUACAUUCCAAAAUGAAGUCACCCUUCCUACGGCGCGACUCGCCUAUCGAGAGUUCAACCCUACCGCCCAGAAAGUCGCCUUGAUUCCGACCUGUUUCCGCGGGAGGAUAAACACGACUUUGAACUUUACCACAGGGGUUCUGCGCGACUAUCGCGUUAUUGUCGUGGCGUUAUUCGGCAAUGGCGAAUCUUCGAGUCCUUCCAACACCGAGAAUUUCCCAUCGACCCUUGACUACCGAGACUGCGUUCGAGCUCAGCAUGAGAUGAUCACUAAAAAGUUCAACCUCACCUCCAUCGACGUGAUUAUUGGUUUCUCCAUGGGUGGGCAGUGUACCUAUCAUUGGGCUGCCAUGUAUCCGGAAAUGCUUCGCAAUGCCGUGAUUAUCUGUUCGUCUGCAAAGACGAGUCUGCACAACUAUCAAUUCCUGGAAGGACCUAAAGCAGCUUUGUCUCAUUCAAUUGAUUACAAUGAUGUUGCUAUGAGAUCCCAAGGAGGGACACCACUUCGCGGGCUACAUGCCUUCAGUCGAGCGUACUCCGCCUGGCUGACCAGUGCGGAAUGGUUUGAACAGCGCCUUUUCGAGAAAUCAGGUUUCAAAAACCUUGAGAGUUGGAGCAAGGCAGGAGAGGAGGGCUAUGAGGAUUUCCAUCCGGAUAAUCUCCUGAUCAUGCUGGGAAUGUGGCAACGGUCUGAUAUUGGGCUUGCUGUAGGAUCUGGUUCUACGGGGAUUCCUAUCGAACAAGCGCUCCAAAGUCUGAGUACGAGAAUCCUCCUAAUGCCCUGUCAGACGGAUCAGUACUUCAAAUGGGAAUUCAACGAGAAAGACGCGUCGUAUCUAAAGAACGGAGAACUGGCGGUUAUCCCAUCGAUCUGGGGCCAUAUUGGUGGGGGUGGUGCCAAUCCAGAGGACACUGAGUGGAUGGAUCGUAGAAUUGCCAAGUUCCUAGAGAAUAGCUCUUGA